AUGACGACUGAGCACUCGUCGAAAGUGUCUUUGGACACGACGGUUAAGCUUACGGGCAGACGUGACUGGCCACAAUGGUACAGCACGCUUCAGUAUCUUGCCCGGGCGAAAGACGUCUGGAAAUACAUCAAUCCAGACGAAGAAGGUUCGAAUGAAAUUCUGAAACCGGAGGAACUCCCUACGCCUGAAGUCUUCAUUAAGAAGCGGAACUAUCAACUACAAAAGGACUAUGAGAAACGACUCAAAACCUGGACCGCACGCCAUGAAGCCCCUGAAACGAACACUCAGGACGAUACCGUCUCCCAAGUGCCGUCAGGAGAACGGCCAUCUCCUCCGGACCUAGAAGCCUCACGAUACAAAAAAGAGCCAGUAGGCGCAGGGGAACGAGCCGGUCAGGAAAUCAUUACAAAGUCAAUCAAGAUGCUCUCCGGAGCCAACCUACCGACCGACCUCUGGGUGGAAGCAGUAAAGGCCGCGGCCUACCUCUAUAAUAUCAGCCCACGGAAAAGGAACGGCUGGAAAUCCCCCUGCCAGACGGAGGACGAGUGGUUUCGUCAAUAUUCUCGCUGGUGGACACCGGAGCUCAUUCUGGACCACACACGAGACCUCCGUCCGCACUGGGGGUGGAUUUACGCCUACGGUUGCAGGGCAUACCCGCUCAAGAGCGACCGCGAAAGGGGAAUCCACAAGCGAACAUUCAAAGUAGAGCCUCGAGGGCACGUCGGAUACCUAGUGGGAUACGUGUUGAACGCCCAUAAUCUGUAUAGGAUCUGGGUGCCCUCGCUUGGCCAAGUGAUUAUCACAAGAAACGUGACGUUUGACGAGAAUCGUUUCUACUCGCCAGACGACGUCGAUGCUGAACCCAAAACGUCAACGGCUACCCAAAUAGUGGAAGAGAUUCGGGAAACAGAGUCGUCUCUCAACCCAAUCCUCGAAGCACUAGGAGUCAUAGAUUCAGCAGAGCAGACGUUAAUCCAGGCCACUCAACCACCACCAGCCGUCUUGGAACCUAAUCAAGAAGCGACACGAGACGUCGUGCCGACGGAAGAGACGGGCCAGGAAAAGGACGAGGGGUGGUUGCUAACGCCGGACCCGACCCCGGAGCCGGAAAGCGUGCCCGACUCCGGAGGACCGACGUCUGAGACCGGGGAUUCAAGCACUACACCGUUGCUAGAACCCUCCACCGAGCGAGACACCGCUGCAGCCGUGUCGGACGCAGAAGACGUAAUAUACGUCAGGACCGAGGAGGACGAAGGGGCCUCCACGGAUAUACGAUCGGGCAACGACUUGCAACCCAGACCUAUUAUGGCCAACCAGUACGACAAAGUCGAAGAGCACGAAACCUACCUCCAGAAAACAGAGACGGAGAAGGGCACGCCGCACGAAGACGACAUGUACACGAAUUCCACACGACUUUCAUGCCUGAUCAGCAGAAAGCCGAGGAAGAAAAGGACUACGGACACAAGACUCUGCACUACAUCUUUCAGAGUUCUGUUCACCGCACGAAGCAUACUCGCCUAA